UCAAUUAGUUUUUGUUUUUAUUGUGGGUUUCUGGUGUGUUUUUCACGGUGUUUCGUAUGUUUUUCUGUUUUUACUGCAUGUGUUUUUACAAAUGUUUGUUGCGAUGUUUUUGUGUUUUUACUGUUUUUAUUUAAAUGUUUUUGCAGUGUUUCUGUUUUUGUUUGAAUUUAAUUCUGAUUUUCCAUUGCUUGUGUUUUUACUGUUUGUUUUCCAGAAUGUAUUUUCCUUUGUUUUUGUUUCUAUUUUUGUGUUUUUGUUGUGA